UCGGUCGCCGCCGCGAUGUCGCCGAGCGUGGCCGAGCUGCUGCUGCAGCGGCUGGAGCGGGAGGCGGCGGGGCCCGGCGGCGGCCUCUGCAGCCUGGAGGCGGCCGCCGCGCUCGGCCUCGACCACCAGACGCUCGUGGGCGCCGUCAAGAGCCUCCAGGCGCUGGGGGAGGUGAUCGAGGCGGAGGCGCGGGCGGCCACGCGGUGGGAGCUGAGCCCCGAGGGCGCGGAGGUGCUGCGGGACGGCAGCCCCGAGGUGCGGCUCUUCCGGAGCCUCCCGGCCGAGGGGCUGCCCCAGAGCGAUGCCAUGAAGCUGCCCGGCGGCUCGGUGGGCUUCAGCAAGGCCAUGGCCAACAAGUGGCUGCGCCUGGAGAAGGGGGCGCCUGGCGGCCCCCGCGUCCUCCGCGCCGUGGCGGAGGUGCAGGACGGGGUGCAGCAGAGCCUGCGGCAGGUGCAGCGGGGGGAGGCCGAGAGCCUGCCCGAGCGCGACCGUGCCGAGCUGAAGAGGAGGAAGCUGCUGCUGGAAGUCACCCUCAAGUCCUACUGGAUCCGCAAGGGCAGCGCCUUCAGCACCGCGGUGGCGCGGCAGGAGACGGAGCUGACGCCAGAGAUGAUCGCCACGGGCUCCUGGCGGCAGCGCCCCUUCAAGCCCUACAACUUCUCUGCGCUGGGGCUGCCGCCUGCCUGCGGCCACCUCCAUCCCCUGCUGAAGGUGCGCUCCCAGUUCCGCCAGAUCUUCCUGGAAAUGGGGUUCACGGAGAUGCCCACCGACAACUUUGUGGAGAGCUCCUUCUGGAACUUUGAUGCCCUCUUCCAGCCCCAGCAGCACCCGGCUCGUGACCAGCACGACACCUUUUUCCUGCAGGACCCCGCUGAGGCCCCCGAGCUGCCCACCGGCUACACAGCCAAGGUGAAGAAGGUCCACUCGCAGGGAGGCUACGGCUCACAGGGGUACAAAUACGAGUGGCGGCUGGAGGAGGCGCGGAGGAACCUGCUGCGCACCCACACCACCUCCGCCAGCGCCCGCAUGCUCUACCAGCUGGCCCGCCAGGAGAAGUUCUCCCCAGUGAAGUACUUCUCCAUCGACCGGGUCUUCCGCAACGAGAGCCUGGAUGCCACCCACCUGGCCGAGUUCCACCAGGUGGAGGGGGUGGUGGCUGACCGCGGCCUCACCCUCGGCCACCUCAUGGGCAUCCUCCGGCAGUUCUUCACCAAACUGGGCAUCACCCAGUUGCGCUUCAAGCCGGCCUAUAACCCCUACACGGAGCCCAGCAUGGAGGUGUUCAGCUACCAUGAGGGGCUGAAGAAAUGGGUGGAGGUGGGGAACUCGGGGGUCUUCCGCCCUGAGCUGCUGCUGCCCAUGGGGCUGCCCGAGAACGUCUCCGUCAUCGCCUGGGGGCUGUCGCUGGAGCGCCCCACCAUGAUCAAGUACGGCAUCAACAACAUCCGGGAGCUGGUGGGGCACCGGGUCAACCUGCAGAUGGUCUACGACAGCCCCCUCUGCCGCCUGGACGCCUAGGCCCCAUCCUCCCGGGGAGGGGGCUCCCCCAAUA